GUUCCCCUGCAGCAGGUGCUCCGCGCCGACCUGAGCUGGACAAGCGAGGACCGGCCGCUGGGGGAAGAUGCAGCAGGAGCGGACCGUGCGGCUGCAGUACGGGAGCCGCGUCGAGGCGGUGUACGUGCUGGGCACGCACCUCUGGACCGAUGUCUACAGCGCGGCCCCGGCCGAGGCCCAUACCUUCAGCCUGAAGCACUCGGAGCGUGUGCGGGUAGAGGUGGUGCGUGACGGGCAGGCUGAGGAGGUGGCCACCAAUGGCAAACAGCGCUGGCUUCUGUCGCCCAGCACCACACUGCGGGUCACCAUGAGCCAGGCGAGCACCGAGGCCAGCAGUGACAAGGUCACCGUCAACUACUAUGAGGAGGAGGGGAGCAUGCCCAUCGACCAGGCGGGGCUCUUCCUCACGGCCAUUGAGAUCUCCCUGGAUGUGGACGCAGACCGGGACGGCGUGGUGGAGAAGAACAACCCAAGAAAGGCAUCCUGGACCUGGGGCCCUGAGGGCCAGGGGGCCAUCCUGCUGGUGAACUGUGACCGAGACACACCCUGGCUGCCCAAGGAGGAUUUGAGCGACAAUAAGGUCUACAGCAAGGAAGACCUUAAGGACAUGUCCCAGAUGGUCCUGCGGACCAAAGGCCCAGACCACCUCCCGGCGGGGUACGAGAUCGUUCUCUACAUUUCCAUGACGGACUCGGACAAAGUGGGCGUGUUCUACGUGGAGAACCCUUUCUUCGGCCAGCGUUAUGUCCACAUCCUGGGCCGCCAGAAGCUCUACCACGUGGUCAAGUACACGGGCGGCUCCGCGGAGCUGCUGUUCUUCGUGGAAGGCCUGCGUUUUCCCGACGAGGGCUUCCCGGGGCUGGUGUCCAUCCACGUCAGCCUGCUGGAGUACAUGGCCGAGGAGAUUCCCCUGACUCCCAUCUUCACGGACACCGUGGUGUUCCGGAUUGCUCCGUGGAUCAUGACCCCCAACAUCCUGCCUCCCUUGUCAGUGUUCGUGUGCUGCAUGAAGGACAAUUACUUAUUCCUGAAAGAGGUAAAGAACCUGGUUGAGAAAACCAACUGCGAACUGAAGGUCUGCUUCCAGUACGUAAACCGAGGUGACCGCUGGAUCCAGGAUGAAGUUGAGUUUGGCUACAUAGAGGCCCCCCACAAAGGCUUCCCUGUGGUCCUGGACUCCCCCCGAGAUGGAUACCUGAAGGACUACCCAAUGAAGCAGCUGCUGCCCCUGCUCUUUGGUGGGAAUAAGAAGACCGUGGGCAAGCGUCUAGACACUAAGUGCCCAUGGCGGCAGAUGGAAGGUGGUGAAAGAGGCCCAGAUUUCGGCUACGUGACCCGGGAGCCCCUCUAUGAGCCUGUUACCAGCCUUGAUUCCUUUGGGAACCUGGAGGUCAGUCCACCAGUGACCGUCAACGGCAAGACGUACCCUCUGGGCCGGAUCCUCAUUGGGAGCAGCUUUCCUCUGUCCGGUGGUCGGAGGAUGACCAAGGUGGUGCGGGACUUCCUCCAGGCCCAGCAGGUGCAGGCGCCCGUGGAGCUCUACUCCGACUGGCUGACCGUGGGCCACGUCGAUGAGUUCAUGACCUUCGUCCCCAUCCCAGGCACAAAGCAAUUCCGGAUGCUCAUGGCCAGCACCUCGGCCUGCUACAAGCUCUUCCGAGAGAAGCAGAGGGAGGGUCACGGGGAGGCCUUCAUGUUCAAAGGCUUGGGCGGAAUGAGCAGCAAGAGGAUCACCAUUAACAAGAUUCUGUCCAGUGAGAGUCUCGUGCAAGAGAACCAGUACUUCCAGCGCUGCCUGGACUGGAACCGUGACAUCCUCAAGAAGGAGCUGGGGCUGACAGAGAAGGACAUCAUCGACCUGCCCGCCCUGUUCAAGAUGGAUGAGCACCGCCAGGCCAGAGCCUACUUCCCAAACAUGGUGAACAUGAUUGUGCUGGACAAGGACCUGGGCAUCCCCAAGCCGUUCGGGCCUCAGGUGGAGGAUGUUUGCUGCCUGGAGACGCACGUGCGCUCCCUGCUGGAGCCCUUGGGCCUCUGCUGCACCUUCGUGGAUGACAUCUCCGCCUACCACAAGUUUCUGGGCGAAGUCCACUGCGGCACCAAUGUCCGCAGGAAGCCCUUCACCUUCAAGUGGUGGCACAUGGUGCCCUGACCUGCAGGAGGCUGCCGUGUGCGGGUCUCAGCCCCUUGAUAAUCCGUAUCGGGGCUGGACCGGCCCUCGCGGUUCUUACAACUGCAAGAUGCCCUUAAACAAUAACUGUCAGGAAACUUGGGGGGGAGGGGGGGAGGAUUCCUGCCUACAGGACCUAGAAAUUACAUGGCACACUUGGGGCCACACAGAGGGGUCACAGGGAGAGAGAGACCGCACGGACCUGGGGUUCUGCUUUUUUUGGAGUUGGCUAGCGUUUGCGGGCUCACUCUUUAUUGGUGAAUUUAAAACACAAGAGCUGGAAUUUAAAGCACAGGAAGAGGAAAAUCCAGGGGCCCAGAUGGUCAGCUGUAGAAACCAACCAAACCAACCUUUGUUUCUAAAACAAAGGAGACUGGGGGAGGGAGAAGCCUCGCUUUUUAUCGAGGCCUGUGGCCGGCAAUAUGCUUAUGGGAGACAGGCUUCUUUGAAGUGGCUACCUCAGCAAUCAAAGCCGAAGGCAGGCACUUGCAUCACCAAAGAGAGGAGACCCAGCUGUCGGGGCUUACGCCCACAGGUGCCUUGGCGAUUCCCUCCUCCCUUCCUUCUCCAGACUCCUUAAACCCUCCAGAGCUUCUCCUUGCCUGGCAAGGACUUGACAAGGGACUACUGUCCCCACUGGGGGCCCUUUCAGGAAGAGGGGAGGAAUUUGGGAUAUCUGUACCUUGUCAUCUCUCAGAAGGGCCCCAGCAUCCACCAACGAACGUCACCCCUGUGAGCCUCAACUCUGUCCUUCCUGAAAACAGCUGUGCACUUGGCCAGUGUCCAUAUAACCCUGAUACGAAAAACAAAAAAGGAAGCAAAACCUGUGCACCCAAAUCAUUCCCCCAAAGUGUCUCCCUUAGCUCCCCCCGCCCAGUCUCUUGUCCAAAACUGAAAGAGGGGAGAAGGGAAGGAGGUUCUGGAGGCUCUGGGAUCACCAGUUCUGGUAGCCACGCCCUGAAGGUCAAGUUAGAUCCCGUGGAAAGGGACCCUGGGGCCCCCCAGACAUACCUUGAACUGCUGUCAUCAUUUUCAGUUUCAGCUCUCUUGGCGUGUCCAGGAGGCUGCCUCCAAUUAGUCAUUCCUUCCCUGCAUCGCUCAAAUCCCCUUGGCUUUCUGUCUGCAGCGCACACGCCAUUGACUAGCUUCCCCAUUCCCUGAGGGUCCAAUAAUUUACCUUAGAACUUUCCCUGGAACCAGAUUUUAUCAGAAUGGCCUUCUCCAUUUUCAAGAUGCUCCUUAUACCUCAUCUUUCUGAUGGACACAGGCUCCCCCAAAUGUUGGGUCCCCCCCAACACCAGCAUCCUUGUGCCCAAGAGGGCAGUGCAUGAAGACGCCCAGACUCCACCGUAGCCUUCUGCUGCCUGGUCUCUGGGCAGUCCCUGACCUCCCUCGUUGCCUGCCUCCACUUCCUAUUCCAGAUGCCUCCAGGCAGCUAAACCAGGACUUUUCACCACCAGUCAGGCUCAGACCUGCCCCCAGGAGACAAUGAAGGACCCACCUGUCCUCCCCAGAUCUUAGAGUCAACAUGUAAGGACUUGGCCCAACCUCCAGCCCGACAGCCAGCUCUGGGCCAGCAGCUGGCCUUACACACAGACCGUGUGUCCCACAGAAGUUCACCAGCGCAUUUGCUGAGCACCCUCUCCUUUGGACGGAACUAGAUUAAUUCCCUGGCUUCAACCACAAAAGACUCAGUUUCAACUAAAAAAGAAAAGUGUAGGGCCAGCUGAUGUCAGGAGAAUAAGUAAAGUGUAAUUCCACUUUGAGAGUUUAAAAAGAGCCCAUUUAUAGCCAAUGAAAAGAUUAUACCUCUGUAUUCUUGAGAGAACAGGAUUUUUCUUGUACUACUUCAUUCAUCCUAACAGCAAGCAUUUAUUGUAUGCCUACUAAGUGCAUGGCACAGUGUCGGGCUCUGAGGCUAGGGUGGUUAGCAGCAAACUGCACCUUGUCCCUGCUUUGUGGAGCCGGUCAGGUCUCAACAUGCAAUGGUCACAUCUAAAUGGCCAGCAUUUGUCAUUUCAGGGGUGCGUUCUUUAGCAAUGCCAACCUGCUACGUUCAGGAAAUGCACAGGGCGCAGAACUUCCUGUAAGUCACAGUUUUAGAUAAAAGUGGAGGGUUCUUUUUCAAACAAGCUUCCUUCCCCAUCCAGCUGGGCCGGUACCACCCGGCAGAUCAGACCCCAGAGCCUUCAGAAGCUGUCGUGCCCCCCCUGCCUUUUGGGGCCAAAGCCCCAGAUACCUGCAGCCCCAGAGUGCCUAUUUGAAGUUUAUCGGGAGACUUAGAGUUUGUCGUGUGUGUUUGCGUGUGUGUGUUUGGUUAAUGUGGAGUUUGGGGUUUCUUUCAUUUUUUUUUUUCUAGUCUACCUUAAGGGAAAGUGAACGCCUCCCCUGUGGAAACAGUGUGUGUUAUAGAUUUUUCUAAAACUCUUCCCAUCGGGAAGUUGGUAGUUUCUGAUGAUUCUGGAGCCCCCAGGACUCAGACACCUAUUAUCUCGUUUGCCCCUGCCCCGUGUGACUGCCUUCAGUGUGUACGCCUCCCCUACCCCGUGGAUUCACUGCUCUUCCCCGCCCCCCACUUUCUAUAAAUGUAGGCCUAGGAUACACUUCUGUGUUGCACAACUCAGCUAAGUUCCUGUUUCGAUCUUUAUUUUGAAAUAUUCUGUGUAAGAGGGAAGGGGGGGUUUUGUGAAGAAGGCAAGAAGCAGGGCACAGUUUCAACUUUCUGGAUGAGAGGCCAUGUUGGAGAUCGAAAGAUGUUUGGGGAAGAGCCUGAUUAAAUAGCAAUAAAAUAAACCAUCCGAGGGGAAGUUCUG